CCUCUCCCCGUGCGCUCCGCUCGCGGCGGGGUGGCUCUGCGCCUCCACACCCCGGAUGCAGCCAGACCUCUCCGCGCACCCUGAACUCCCGGCGCUCGGCCCCGCCCUCGCCUCGCGCGCGCUCUAGGACCGGCCAGCAGAGACAGCCUCACCAUGUGUGAGGGACUGAUGGAGAGAUAUGUGGCUGCCAUGGUGCUGAGUGCAGCUGGAGAUGCCUUGGGGUACUUCAACGGGAAGUGGGAGUUUCUCCGGGAUGGGGAAAAGAUUCACCAGCAGCUGGCCCAGCAUGGUGGGUUGGACGCCAUCGAUGUGGAGAGGUGGAGAGUCAGCGAUGACACGGUGAUGCACCUGGCCACGGCUGAAGCUCUUGUGGAAGCCGGCAAAGUCUUGGAUUUGGCUCACCUCUAUGCCCUACUUGCUAAGCAUUACCAAGACUGCAUGGAAGACAUGGAUGGCCGGGCACCAGGGGGUGCUUCAGUGCAGAAUGCCUUGCUGCUGAAGCCAGAUGAGGCUGAUGGCUGGAGGAUUCCCUUUAACAGCCACGAGGGUGGCUGCGGGGCUGCCAUGCGUGCCAUGUGCAUCGGCCUCCGGUUCCCUCACUGCAGCCAGCUGGACACACUGAUCCAGGUGAGCAUCGAGAGCGGCAGGAUGACCCACCACCACCCCACAGGCUACCUGGGAGCCCUUGUUUCUGCUCUUUUUACAGCCUUUGCUGUGAACGGCAAGCCUCCCAGGCAAUGGGGAAAAGAACUGAUGGAGGUGCUACCAGAAGCUAAAAAGUACAUUAUCCAAUCAGGCUACUUUUUGGAGAAGAAUCUUCAACACUGGUCCUACUUCCAAGACCAAUGGGAAAAAUACCUAAAACUUAGAGGGAUUUUGGAUGGCAAGUCAGCCCCUAUCUUCCCCAAGCCCUUUGAUGUGAAGGAGAGGGAUCAGUUCUAUGCCUCGGUGAGCUACUCUGGCUGGGGUGGCAGCAGUGGGCACGACGCCCCCAUGAUUGCCUACGAUGCCAUCCUGGGUGCGGGAGACUCCUGGAAGGAGCUUGCCCACCGAGCCUUUUUCCACGGGGGAGACAGCGAUUCUACAGCUGCUAUUGCUGGCUGCUGGUGGGGAGUUAUGUAUGGUCUGAAAGGAGUGAGCCGCUCCAACUAUGAGAAACUGGAAUACAGAAACCGGCUGGAGAAGACAGCCAGGGCUUUGUAUGCUCUGGGGUCAAAGGAAGACACUAUAAUCACCCUUUAGGGAGAUGUGACAUCAUUUCUUAUGGUUUUUUCCCUCUUGUGUGGUCCAGUUUCUUUUCACUUUUCCCCAAGUCAAGAGUUUUAACCUUGUACUCCAGGAAUUUUGAGAUGACAAGUCCCUUGAAUGAAGCUCAUCUUUCCAAAUUCAUCCUGUUCCCCCCCCCAAAUCUGUCCCUCUUUCUAUCCUGAAGAAUAUCUCAGUUGACAGGGUCAGCAUCUCCCCAAGGUAGAAGUCUCCAAGCCUCAUAUUUGAGUCUUCAUGUUCAUUGUCUAAACUUUGAAUAAGUUUUUUCUGUUUGUUUUAGGUUGAGUUCCUCAAAAUUGGACUCUGAGACAAGGAUUUAAGUACAAGUCAUUUACUGGGGAGGGGAUUCCAGGAAGCGAUAGGAGAAUGGGGAAGUGAGACAGGGAGGGGAGGGAGGCCAGUAGAAGGUAUGUAACUGAGCACGUUACCACUGUGGGCAGUUGGGACUUAGUCCAUCUGGGUUCUCUGUGUAAGCCACUGCUCAAAGGUGUCCCACCUGAGGCGCAAGCAAACCUGAGGUGUUUAUCCGCCCCUUUCCAUCUGACAGUGGUUGAGGACCUAUCCUCGGGAUGCUAACUCCCUGGUACUCCUUGGCUUGCCUCUUGUGCCAGCCAAACCCAGAUGUCUUCAGGCAGAAGACUCAGAGAUGGUUGCAGUGGCAGGCUGUACAAUGCAUGGGAACAGUGAGGGUGAUAUGUGGGGUCCCAACAGCAUCUGCCAGGUGGUUCUGCCUCCUCAGUAUCCUUCACAUCUACUAUCUCUUUUACCUUUUUGCACCAACCAUCUUUCAGCUGGAUUUCUGCAGUCCAAGCUACUCAGGUCUGGGGAGGUGCUACUCCUAGCUGUACCCUGUGCAUCACUGGCCGUGACACUUCACGUAUUGCCAGUUUUGUUGUUGUCCAUCUGCUUGUCUUUAUUCUCCUCCACACACAACCUAGCAUGGUACCUGGGAACACGGGAGUUACUGAGUCCGAAUAUAUGAAAUGAAUGUUGUUCAUUAACCUGCCUGGUGCCUUAAUCCAGUCUUCCUUUCCUCCUUGCCCUCCAGAGUUCUCUUUACAAAUAACAAAUCAGUCAUGCCGAACUUCUGCUCAUGUUCCAGUGAAUGCACACCCCCUUUCUUCAUUUCUUGUUGCCCUUCCCUCUCCUUUUUCACCUGGUAGGUUUUUUCCUUUUUUUAAUUUAAUUUUAUUAUCUUAUGUUAGUCACCAUACAUUACAUCAUUAGUUUUUGAUGUAGUGUUCUAUGAUUCAUUGUUUGCAUAUAACACCCAGUGCUCCAUUCAUCCCCUGGUAGGUUCUUAAUCAUCCUUCAAGUCCCAGCUCAGGUAGAACCUUCUAGGUGAAACCUGCUCUGAUUGUUCGGAUACUUGGCCAUUUUCUCCUCAUAUGCCCACAGCCUUCUGUCUCCAGCCCUGUCAUCACACUGAUCCUGUUGUGUGGUCAUUGGGUGUCUUCUGAGGACAACCUCAGGUUCCUUGUGAGGAAUUGUCUUGUUCUCUUUGUGGCCUCCCUGCCUGGCCCAUGAGAGACGUUCAAUAAAUAUUUACUUGGGAAGUUCGU